AUGUGGAAACCUGCUCUUCUUCUGCUGAUUGGAUUAGUUAAUAUUCCGAAUACGACUCCUUGCGUAGCCAUAUGGAAUCAAUGUGGUGGUAUCAAUUUUUCAGGUGAAACUACCUGCUGUGAUUCGUUAACAUGUACAGUACUUAAUCCUUGGUAUUCACAAUGCUUACAAGGUGCAACAGACUCAACUACUACGACAACUACGACUACAACAACUACCACAUCGAACCAAGGCAACAGUGGUUGUAAUACGUUGUACAGUCAAUGCAAUGGUGAAAACUGGUCAAACCCAACAUGUUGCAUCGAUUCAGUAUGCACCUACUCCAAUCCAUACUAUUCACAAUGUUUACCUGGCUCAUCGACUCAAAGCACCACUGCUUCCACUACUCAAAGCACAACAACUACAACCCCAACCCCUAGUACAACAACAACAACAACAACAACUACAACUCCGAGUACAACAACCACAACCCAAAGCACAACCCAAAGCACAACAAGUUCUUCUAGUACAGCGAAUCAAAACUGCGUUCCUCAAUAUCAACAAUGUGGUGGUAUUAACUAUUACGGCUCAACGACAUGUUGUGAUGGAUCUACCUGUAAUUAUCUAAAUGAUUAUUAUUAUCAAUGUUUACCAUCAGGAAAUCCCACAUCAAGUUCAUCAUCUGCUUCAAGUAGCACAGCUAGUUCAUCUUCGUCAUCAUCAUCAUCGUCUUCAUCGACACAAUCAAAUGGUGAUAAUGGUCAACCAGGUGUGACAACUCGUUACUGGGAUUGCUGUAAAGCAAGUUGUGGAUGGCCAGGCAAAGCUUCUGUUACGAAUCCAGUUCAAUCAUGUCAAAGAGAUGGUGUUACGCCAAUCGAUGUAAACGCAGCUUCCAUUUGUAAUGGUGGCGACUCAUCGAUGUGUAACAAUCAACAACCAUGGAGUGUUAAUUCAACUUUCUCCUAUGGUUAUGCUGCUGCUCAUAUUGCUGGUCAAGGUGAAUCGGAUUGGUGUUGUGCUUGUUAUUUACUAACAUUUACAUCAGGACCAGUUGUAGGUAAGAAAAUGCUGGUUCAAGUAACCAAUACUGGUGGUGAUCUUGGUAACAAUCAUUUCGAUCUUCAAAUGCCCGGCGGUGGUGUUGGUAUCUUCAACGGAUGUUCCAGUCAAUUCGGAACCGGUAAUCCAGGACCGUGGGGUGCACAAUAUGGUGGUGUCAGCAGCAUAUCAGAUUGUGACAAUUUGCCGGCAGUUUUAAAACCCGGUUGUUAUUGGCGUUUUCAAUGGUUCCAAAAUGCUGACAAUCCAACAAUGACAUUCAAACGGGUUGACUGUCCACUUGAUCUUACCGUCAAUACCCAAUGCCAACGAUUAUAA